CCCAUUGCCACGCCUUCUGUUCAGGAUUCUGAAAUGAAAAAAGGUGGUAACCUUAAGAGUGUUCCUAUCGUGAUGGGGCGGAGGGUCCGCUAACACGGACGGAGGGUGAGGAGACGGCGCCUGGAUUACUAUCCCUAUCUCGCAGCUAAUGCUGGCAGUCUUGGAAUGUCUCACACUGAGGACCGACGCUAUGUGGAACUUUGUCAGGAUUCUAUACGCCUGACUGCAGAAAGUGUGGGUAUAGAGAUCACUGAUGAUGUGGCUGCACUGCUCGCUGAAGAUGUGUGUUAUCGGCUCAGGGAAAUCGCCCAGCUCAGUGCACAAUCUCUCAGACAUUCUCGACGCCGAAGACUGACAGUGGAGGACUUUAACCGCGCUUUGCGCUGGAGCAAUGUAGAGCCAAUAUAUGGCCAUGGAUCCCCAGAUCCAGUUUCAUUCCGAAGUGUUAGAGAUGGAGACUGUCACUGUGCUGAGGACCGUGAAAUAAAUCUGGUGGAGCUGGCAUUGGCACCAAACGUACUGAAGGGAACAGCAGAGUCUACUGUAAGAGUUCAAGUCUCCUAUCUAGAUGGUAAAGGAAAUCUGGAGCCUCAGGGAACAGUUCCCGCAGCAGUCUCUCUACUGACAGAUGAUCUUCUGAAAUAUUAUCAACGUGUAACCAGAGCUGUGCUGGGAGAUGACUUGCAUCUUAUGAAGGUGGCUCUUCAAGAUUUACAGACAAAUUCAAAGGUUGCUGCUCUGCUACCAUAUUUUGUGUAUGUGGUCAGUGGGGUUAAGUCAGUCAGUCAUGACCUGGAACAGCUGAGCCGUCUGUUGCAGUUGGUGCGGUCUCUGCUGUGGAAUCCCUUUCUGUAUUUGGGUAGUUACGGAUGCAGUCUCAUGCAGAGUGUACUAUACUGUGUAACAGAGCCGCUUGCUGCCUCCAUAAAUCCUCUCAAUGACCACUGGACUUUGCGAGACUACGGAGCAGGAUUACUCAGUUGUAUAUGGACACACCGGGAUUUGGAUGGGUCUCUGUAUCCACAGAUUUUACAGUCCCUGCAGAAGGUUUUGGGAGAUCCUGUACGUCCGCUUUGCUCCCAUUAUGGAGCUGUAGUUGGUCUCCAUGCCCUAGGUUGGAAGGCGGUCGAGCAGGUGUUGUAUCCUUUGCUGCCCACCUAUUGGGCUGGACUGCAAACAGUACUUGAUGAUCACUCCAUGUCCAAUGCUCAGGUUAAAGCUGAUGGCCACAAGGUCUAUGGCGCCAUACUGGUUGCUGUAGAACGUCUUCUCAAAAUGAAAGCUCGAUGUUGUGAGCCAGAGACGAGCACCUCAUCUGACCAAUUCUAUUCUUCCUUAGCUCCUGCCCCCUCUGUAUCUCUGCUGGAGAUGUAUAAUGAGUUGUACUGUUUCUUUGGAGACAGCUUAGCUGUCCGUUUUGGGACUGGAGGAACACAAUCACAACCAGGGAUGGUUCCAAGAGGCCCACAGGAACCCAAAAAGGAAGGUCCUGUGGAUGGCGCACGCAAAAUGCCACAACUGACAGCACAUGGUGAGGAAGAGGUGACGUGUACGGGCAAGCCAUCCCAGCGCCCUCCUCAAAUUACUCUUGCAUCUUCUUCACGCCCCCGUGGAGCUGCACGGCAAGGACACCGGGUGCAGGGGGUGAGGGAAGCAUUCCAAAGAAGUAGACUUACUCCACGUGGCACCCCUCGCUUUACCUUCCUCAUUGGUGGAAGACAGGCAGGUCGGGGGGGAGGAGGACGGAAAUUCCAGAGUGUCUUCCAGCUACACACUGGACCUGGAGCCACAGCCAGUCGCUAUGCCCAGAAGCUGCCUAUGAUAGGACGGGUGGCAAAGGCUGGACGCAGGGGUGCCCAGGCAGAAUUGUCACUUUACUUGCCGUUGUGACCAUUUUUCUAAUAAAAAGACAGUUGGAAGUGUAAA